AUGAGUCGUCGUACUAGUGCACGUUCUGGAAGGGUUCCAUUAACUUCAAAUGAUGAUGAUGAUGAUAAAGAGAAAGUGCAACGUGACGACAAUAUUAUAUCAAAGACAUCACCUGAUAGUCCCUCUUCGGUAUCAACAAGACAACCUUUAUCAAAGUAUAAUUUGGAAUUGUUAUUUCUCAAAGAAAAUAAGCAGAAUGUGUGUAGUUGAAGGUAUUCAGAACAUAUUUCUUCUAUUGAUAGACUUCCCCAAGAAAACCACUCAGACCAAAGUUCCAAGAGUCCUCUAAUGAGUGAGAUAAGGAAGAGCCACUCAAUCAGCCACAGAAAGGAGAAACCAUCUCCUAGUAAGUAACAUGACUGAAAAAAAUGUGUGUCAUCUUGGGAAUCAAAUAAUCCUGCAGGCACUCCCUGUGUGACAGAUUUAGAUCAACAACAGAUUUCAAGUCCAGGAUUAACUCGGAAUAAUGAGAUAAAUGAUCCUACUAAUGAAAUGAAUAUUAAAAUACAAAGAAACAUACAGUGCCUUCCUGACACCUCUGAGUUUGCAGGUGAAGCUACUGCAGAGCGCAUGAAUCAAGUUCAGGGUAAUGGUGACUUUCAGUUGCAGAAAACUGUGUAUGCUGCUGACAUGGAUUUAACUGCAAGUGAAGUAAGCAAAAUUGCCACAGUUUCAACAGGCACUAAAAAUAAAAGUAAUAAAAAACCAAAUGAUUGUGGAAUGAAAAUUUUCAAAAAAGUGAAAAAUUCAAGCUCUGAAAAAAAGAAAGAAAGAUCAAGACAAUUUAAAAAUAGUUCAGAUGUGGAUAUUGAGGAAAAUAUUGAAAACAGACCAGAAAGAAGAUCUGUUGUCCUGGAUGGCAAAGAGGAUUCAGAAGAUCCAAAUUUUAUUUUCAGUACUGAACUGCUGACUCAGUUGAACAUCCUGGAGAAAAUAACCCUACAUAAUGGCUUUGAUCAAGAUGGCAGACAAAGUACACAGUAUAAUCAAAAAAAGAAAAGAAUUCUUGGAACAGAUGAGCAAGAAGAAACAUGCUUGUUCUCCCAAAGUUCAGAUAAAUUCCGACAGGAGACUAAAUUUGAUAAGGGUCAGAGUUCUCUAGCUUAAAAAGGUAAAGCUUCUAGACAGACAUUUAUGAUUCAUAAGUUAGAAAAAGGUAUAUUCUCAAACCAAAAAGGUAAAGAAACCAUUUCUAAAACCCUAGAAUUCAGAAAUGAAUUUCAAACAGUUGAUCUAUCCACCAAAGAUAAUGGAAAUUUACAUGAUUAUGAGACCCAAAAUAUGUUGGAUUUGAAAAAGCAUGUCACUGAUAUGCCUGCUCAGCAAAGUGAAUCAAAAAUAAAUAAGAAGCUUAGGCAGAAAGUAAAUUGGAAGACAGAAAUAAUUUCUGAAAUGAACCAGAUAUAUGGGGAUAAUGCUAAAGAUGCACAGGGCCCAGAGAAAGGUAACUUUUUCUUCCAAACCCGGGAGGAUAAAGAAACCAUCUCUGGAAACUCAGAAGUUUCUAAAGAGUUUUGAAUACCUGCUCUUUCCGCCAGCGAUACUGGAAACCUGUGUGAUCAUGAGACCCAGGGUGUGCUGGGUUUACAAAAGCAGAUCACCGAUGUGUACCCUCUUCAGCAAAAUGAAUCAAAUGUUAAUAUGCUUAGGCAGAAAGUAAAUCGAAAGACAGAAAUAAUUUCUGAAAUGAAUUAUUCAGAUGAUGACAAAAGUGUGUAUGGCCCAGAAAAGGAUAAAUCUUUCUUCCUAACCGAGUAGGAUAAUGCAGUCAUCCCUGAAAACCAAGAAGACCCAAGCGAGUUGACAACACCUGCUGUUUCCACCAAAGAUAGUUGAAACCCAUAUGAUUUUGAGACUCAAGAUGUUUUGAGAGUGAAAAAGCCUGUCCAUGAUUUGCAGCCCACUUCAAAUCAAUCAGAAAUAGAUAAGAAGCUUAGGCAGAAGGUAUAUUGCAAGACAGAAAUAGUUUCUGAAAUCAACCAAAUCUAUGAGAAUAAUGACAAAGGCAUACAUGACCUGGAAAAAGGUAACUUGUUUUCUCUAACCCAAAAGGAUAAAGAAACCAUUUCUGAAAAGCUGAACAUAACAGAUGACUUUAAAACAGCUCAUCUUUCCACCAAAUAUAAUAGAAAUUUAUACGAGUAUGAGACCCAGCAUAUGUUGGAUAUGAAAAAGCAUAUCACUGAUAUGCAACAUGCUCAGCAGAAUGAAUCAAAAACAAAUAAAAAACUGAGGUAGAAAGUAAAUCGAAAGACAGAAAUAAUUUCUGAAACGUUCCAAAUACAUGAGGAUAAUGAUAAAGUUGUGCCUGGCCAAGAAAGCUAUACCAAAGAUCUUGGUCUUAAAACAAAUGAAUGGAAACAAAGACUUGAAUGCCAAGGUAUUAUCAGUGGAGACUGUACAGAAAUCAAGAGUAAUGAAAAGGAAAAUUGUGAUCAGAUUUCCAAUCCUUACAAACUUGUUCAAAAGCAUGGGAAAGAAUCAUCAGGCAAGGCAAAGAACAUUUUGGCAAAAAGUGAAAACAAACCUAUUUUGCAGUUAACAGAUUCUUCAGAGACGUGUAUGUCCUUAGAAUCACGUUCAAAACAUGUUCCUAAUGAAGCUGAUUCUGGUCCUGAAAACCACAUGGAACCACAUGAGAAUCCAAAGCAAAUAACUACAGCUCUGAAUAGAAAAAGAAAGAUCCCCUCUGUGGGAGUGAUAACAGAAGGAGGGUGCCAGGCCAAAGUAGUCAGUAAAAUGACAUCCAGAUCCAAAAGGAAGACCUUCAGAUAGCCUUCUCCAGACGGCCGUAAAGUAAUGGACACCCUUCAGGGAGUAUCAGUUGAAUCUGAACAAGCUGAUAAGGAAACAAAUUUGGAAAAUGAGAAAAUUGUCCCAAUUAAGCCAGACUCUUACCCAAAGGUGUUUACAUCUUUAUCUCAGAUAUAUUCACCUAACAUACAAGAGUCUUCCUUUAACGGUGUUCCUCAGGGUUCAAUACCUUUGAGUAUUUUUUCUAGCAAUAAGCUGGUAAUUAGAGAAAGUUUUGCCCUGGAGAGCUCACGGAUCCUUCAAGUAAGUGAUGAUGUGCGUGAGAAGAUGGAAGGGAUGAAAUUUAAAGUCAACCAGAGAACACAAAAAUCAGGAAUAGACUGGAAAUUUCUGGUCGCGGUUUCCUCCUGCCGCCUGUAUUCUGAGGUCACUUCAAACCACAGGUGCUCUGGUUGGACCCCAGCUGAGCUGAAGCACGAUUGA